GCCAUACCUUUUUCUCCUGCAAUUAAAUUAAUUCCUACUUUUUCAUUGACUAAAUGGGCCGGUGACUACUAGUCCAAUCAGUGGAAGUUGGAACCGAAGAUGGGCCUAAAAGUAUAUUUGAAAUGAGAGUCGGCCCAAUCAGUGAUUCAACAUACGAAAUAUGGGCCGAGUUUAUCUUACGCACAUUUGUCAUUGAGAGAGAGAGAGAGUCAUCUGCGCUGGAGCUGAGGUGAGGACCAUGAGAUUGAGAGGUCCAACUGAAGUGAAGAAGGGUGGAUUGGCUCAAUUUCUUCCAUGUCUCGAGUCUUGACAAUCAAAAAAAGUUGUUAAAGAGUGGACAGAGAAGAAGAGAUUGCGGUUAUCGAGAAGUUGUAGUGUCCAUGAAUCAUGAUAUGUCCGGAAAUUCAAGAGAUCCGAGAUUCAACAUCAAAAGCAUAUAUGUUCUUCUAUUCUUUGAUUGAAUAUGUGGUGGGGAAGGGGCUCCAAAUGAUCCACAAACUCCUUUGUCUGCUCUGCUCUGCUCAGCCUUUUGUCUUUAAUUUGCUUUCGAGACAUUACAUUACAUGAAAAUGGUAUCUAGUUAGGGCCAAGUAAACUUGCUUCUACAAAAAUACCAAACUUGCUGUCUAGUUUAUUUCCUCUUUUUUGAGUUCCAUCUUUUCUAGUAUUUUCCUUUUUCCCCAUAUUCAUAAAUCAUAAGCCAUAUCAAUGGGAAAUCAAUGAGGUUUGUGGUUAGUGAAUGAUGUAUAAUGGUUGUUUGAGAUUCUUUUUCCUUUUUUGCAUCUAAUCCCCCACCCCCACCCACCUCAGACGGAUCUCCAAGAAAAGAAAAGCAUAUAUAGUUGGACCCGUCAAAACUCCAAUUAUUUCAAAGGGCUUGACAACUCUCUCUUAUUGCUUUUGAGCCUUCAACUUGAAGACCCUUUUCUUGUUAUCUGGUUUUUCCAUGUGUAGUAGUAGUAGUAGUAGUAGUCUCUCUUUUGAUAAAGCAAUCCAACCAAAGCAAAGUUUCUAGAGACCCGGCAACUCGAUCUAAACCUCCUUAAUUAAUACCUUUCUCUUUUUUCCUGUCUCCUCUGCUAUUUAUGUAAAGCACCACAGGCAGGCAGUUCCUGUCUGCUCUGUUCAUGUUCAUUCUCAUUGUCUCUUCUAACUAAUCAUUGUAAACAGCUUGUUUGUUUCUCUUUAUCAAAUCAUCACAUUCCACUCUCAUCUACUGAUCAUCAAGAGUCUUAAUGGAGGUGCAUUUUUCUUACUUCCAUACAAAAUUGCAAUACAUGAUUCUUCAAAACUGUCUUUACUAGGCCUAUUUGCCAUUAAUUUUUGCAGAUUUCAAGUACAGCAUGACAGUUGAAUUCAAGGUGGAGAUGGUUGGCAUACAUGAGAAAAGGCUCAGGAAAUGCCUCUCCAAGCUGAAAGGAAUAGAUAAAGUGGAGGUGGAUGCAAACAGUCAGAAAGUGGUGGUGACAGGGUAUGUCCACAGAAACAAGAUUCUUAAGGCCAUAAGAAGAGGAGGCCUCAAAGCUGACUUCUGGUCUGCACAAAAUGAACUCCUCAAUGCUUAUGCUAGUGCCAGUUAUGGAAGUCUCAGAUUCAGCAACUUCAACUUCUUCUAGGCUCUCUUUUUUUUUUUUUCCCUUCCUUUUUUUCCCCUCCCUUGUGAGAAGAUAUAUACUUUGAUUGUGUUUUCCGUUUCCAUAGUUAUUAUUUUUUUUCCUUUUACCAAAGAAAAUGUCAUAUGUUCAAUGAUGAUCAUACAUAGAGAUAGAUUGAACUUAAAUUAAAGAGUCCCAAAAUUUUGCAGCUUUGAAUUGACAUCACUUUCUCAUCUACCCUUAAUA